UUAAGCCUUGCCAAACCCAUUACGAAUAGGAAGAAGCUAACUCUCAUAAGAAGCGAAACAAUGGCGGGGUCGGAACCUUCUCGUUCUCCCAAAAUCCUUCUAGCAAAGCCUGGACUCGUCACCGGCGGUCCCGUUGCUGGGAAAUUCGGUCGCAGCGGUGCCGGUGAUGAUGAUUCUGCUCAGCUUCGUUCUCGUCUCCCUUCCAUUGCAUCCCUCAACCUUCUCUCCGACUCCUGGGAUUUCCACAUUGACCGAUUUCUCCCUUUUUUGACUGAGAAUACGGACUUUACGGUGAUUGGAGUGAUUGGACCACCUGGAGUUGGCAAGUCCACUAUUAUGAACGAACUUUAUGGUUUUGAUUCAAGCUCGCCUGGAAUGUUACCACCUUUUGCCAUACAGUCUGAAGAAACUAGAGCUAUGGCAAGGCAUUGUUCUACGGGCAUUGAACCAAGGAUAUCUGCUGAACGUAUUGUUCUUCUUGAUACCCAACCUGUAUUCAGUGCUUCCAUUUUAGCGGAGAUGAUGAGACCGGAUGGAUCUUCAACAAUCUCAGUGCUAAGUGGAGAAACCUUGUCGGCUGAAUUGGCUCAUGAACUUAUGGGUAUUCAGCUUGCUGUUCUUCUAGCAUCCAUAUGUCAUAUUCUGCUGGUGGUGUCCGAGGGAGUCCAUGAUGAUAGCAUGUGGCAUUUGAUGUUGACGGUUGAUUUGUUGAAGCAUGGCAUUUCAGACCCAUCCUUGCUGACUUCAUCUCUUUCACAUAGUUCUAGUUCAGGGAUUGAGAAAGAUAAAAAAGUUCCUGAAAGUGAAGAAUACGUGGCUACUCCUGUGUUUGUACAUUCCAAGUUGCAAGAUCAAGAUUUUACUCCUAAUAAUUUUGUGCAGCUGAAGAAGGCACUUAUGCAGUAUUUCAAACCAUCCUCUUUUGUGAGAGAACACAUUGGAAACAGGCCUGAGGAGCAUGUUUCGUCUUCUUUGGUUCAUACUUGUCAUGUAGAUUCUCAAAUGAUUAAUCUGUAUGCAAUCCCACUAAAGAAAAAAGAUGAAAAUCCACGAGAUCAGCAUGAAAGUUACAUUUCUGGGCUAUGGAAAUUACGGGAUCAGAUUUUAUCCAUGAAGUCUCCAUCAUUCACAAGACCAGUGUCAGAGCGUGAAUGGUUAAAGAAUUCAGCCAAGAUAUGGGAACAGGUUAAAAACUCCCCAACGAUAUUGGAGUAUUGCAGAACACUUCAACAUUCCGGUAUGUAUAGGAGAUAGAAAUUUAUGAAAGAGGAGAGGAUUCAAAAAAUUGCGUCUUUUUGGAUGUAAAUUUAUCGUAUUCGUGUAUCAGUCUCACAUUUUCUGUUCGAAAUUUGUUAAUGGCGUAUAUACCUAUUUUUUGAAGAACUCCUUACAAUUUAAAUUUGUUGUGUUUUGU